CGAAUCCAGCAGCGUUUCGUCAAAAUGGCGGCGCCCGUGAGUAAAAGCGGCGGAGUGCUCGUGCAAUACGUGGUAGUUAGAAGCGAUCUGCUCACGGAACUCUCCUGGCCCUUCGGUGCUGUAAUAGCGCAGGCGUGUCAUGCUUGCACCGCGGCCCUGCACCUCUUUGGAAACGACCCGAACACCAUCGCUUAUACGGAAAACCUGGACGGCAUGCACAAGGUGGUACUGGCGGCCCCGACCGACUCCAAGCUGCUCGCUCUAUCUCAAGCGCUGCAGGCAGCCAGCAUAGAUCACAAACUGUGGACCGAGCAGCCAGAGAACAUCCCCACCUGUCUCGCGACCAAACCGUAUGCCAAAGCCGAUGUUCAGAGUUUUUUCAAGGACUUUAAGCUGUUCAAGUAGCGACAAGUGUCCUGUUACGUCGCAACGGUGCUGACUAACACCCACCAGCCGGCCUGUGAUAUGUCGAGCCUGAAAUAUUUUUCAAUACAGGGGCAGUCUGCUGUGUGUACAACA